AUGCGACAAGUUCCCUUGGCCUUAAAAGGUGUUGCAGCUUGUUGGUAUGAAGAACUCCCAGACAAGAUAGCGAAUGAUUUGAAACAAUUUGCUGACGCCUUCGUUAAACAAUUCACAGACAAGGCAACCACUGCUAAACUACAUGCUCGAAUAGCAACUCUGAGGAAGAAACCCGACGAUAGUAUCACCAAAUACUACGGAAAAUUUACUAAGUUACUUCGACGAGCUGACCCGGAUGAUGAAUACUACUCAACUAAACAAAAAUCUGAUCUGUUUAUACGAGGGUUAGAUAAAAAAUUACAAAGAAAAGUGUUUAGUACAAGAAUAAACACUCUCAAUGAAGCAUAUAAAAAAGCAAAAGAAGCCGAAACAAUGCUCACUUACAACGACUUUACCACUAGCGUCAAUGCGGUACUGAAUGGAGAAACAGAAAGUGCCGACAGUCAACGGAUAAAACGAUUGGAAAAAACCAUCCAAACACUGAAUGUCGAACAAGACUAUUUGAUCAAAGGAAAGAACUAUCCACCAAUCAAAACUGAUCAUUCAAUACUUAUUCUACGCCUCGAUAUGAUCAAUGACAGUUUAGACCGAAGAAAUUAUAAUCGAACCAAUCAACAAAGCUAUAAUAAUAAUAAUCAUCGAUCAGCAACACCACGUACCAUCCAAAGAACUUAUCUUAACAUAGGACCGACGGAGGAUGAUUCUACUAUUAAAAAAUCUGACGAAGAAUCUGAAACAGAAACUGAAGAAUCCGAUAAUGAUUCUAUUAUGGCUUUA